UAAUGGCAUCAUCCCUGAAAUUGAGCAGGGCAUGUUCCUCCUGGGUUCGCUGUCGUUUCAAGUACACUCGGUCUUAUUCGAAGUUGGACUUUGAACCAUCAGAGCCACAGGGUGAGGAUGUUCCUCCAAGUUCGGGAAUCUGUAGGCCUCUCUCUGAAAUACUGAAGGAGCUCAACAAGAAAGUCCCCGAUUCUCUUGUCAAAACCCGCUAUGAGGAUGGUGGCUUCCCCAUCAGAUACAUUCCUUGGCAUACUGUGAACCGCAUUUUGAACUUACACGCUCCUGAGUGGUCUGGUGAAGUUCGGAACAUCAUCUAUUCCGCUGAUGCCAAGUCUGUCUCUGUUGUUUACCGAGUUACCCUUUAUGGGACUGAUGCUGAGAUAUUUAGGGAAUCUACCGGUACUGCUUCAGUAGAUGACACAAGUUAUGGAGAUCCUGUACAGAAGGCAGAAGCAAUGGCUUUUCGUAGAGCUUGUGCACGCUUGGGGCUAGGGCUCCACCUUUAUCAUGAAGACUCAUCAUGAUCAAGCAAUUCUGCUUUUCAGGUUCGAUGUCUUGAUGGUUGCCAUUGUCUCUUUUUUGCUUUUAGCCUAUGUUAAUAUUAGACGAGACCAUAUAGAUUGGUUAAUACUAGAAGAGAAGCAUUUUGUUACUUGUAACUUGAUAGUGGCCUACUAUGCUUCAGCCCUUGUAUGUCACGUUUGCUAUAUGCUUUAUCUUUUGUAGUUCUUCAUUUAUCUGCUUCGCUCGUAUGCAGUAGGGAGAAUUGAUAUACUGCUGCACUUUUGAUGUAAAAUGGUAAAAGUAUGUUCAAAAUUUGCUUGCAUUAUAGUCA